AUGAAGUCCAUCAUGGAAGAGAGGCAAGAACUAGUUACUUGGGACGUCUUCAGGAGGAAGUUCCUUUCCGAGUAUUUCCCAAACAGUGUUAAGUAUACUAAAGAGGUGAAGUUCCUACAACUAACUCAGGGGAACAGGUUUGUGACUGAGUAUGCGGAAAAGUUCAAGCAUCUCAGUCGUUUCUACACCAUACCACUGGAUGAAGAGUGGCGAUACAGGAAGUUCGAGAACGACCUACGUGGAGACCUCCGUCUAAUGGUGGCCCCGCUAUCCAUCAAGGACUUUGCCGCCUUGGUGGAGAAGGCAAGGGUCAUGGAGAAGAUGAAGGUAGAGGUGAAAACCCAACGCCCAUUCCAGCAGAGAAUGGGAGGACCAUCUGGGUCCAAGCAUAGGCACGAGGAGAGGACGAAGCCCUAUACUAGGCCCCAUUUCCAGUCUCAAGGGUCUAGGGAGUCUUCUUCCAAAGAGAACAGGAUCCAAUGCUACCAGUGCGGGGGACCGCACAAGAGGAAUGUCUACCCCCAGCUUGCAAGCUUCAAGAAGUGCAACAACUGUGGCAAGGAAGGCCACUUUGGGAGGGACUGCGCCACCCUUGCUAGAGUAGUGACGCGACCUCCAGUACAGGCUGUAAGACCCGGGAAAAUUAAAUAG